GGAGAGGAAAAAAAUGAAACUAAAACAAAAUCCAACUAUGGUUUAGAAAAGUAAUAUCCGCGCAAAGAACAUACGUCGGCACUUUGAAAACCAACAAAUAAGGUUUGAAUCCUCUCAUGGAGCUACGGACCUGACCGGAGAAGCUUUGUCGGAAUGAAUGGCGCUUGCGGCACCGUCUUCCAGCUCUGCCAGAGCCCUCCGAUUAAACUUCUCAUCAUCCGAAGCUUCAAUGUUUUCAACGGUGUGCACGUGAGUAAGAGUUCUAGGAUUUAUCCAAAUCAAUGCUUCUGUAGGUCGAUUCAAACUGAAACAUACAACGUUGUCCGUGGUAGUUACAUACCUAAAACUGAAACAAAGAAUCAAAAUGAAGCGAAGGAAAAGGACGACCCAUCAAAGAGUCUUGAGAACAUGGGUGCAUUUCAAAAGCUGCCCAUGGUGAUGCCAUCUAUUGAUAUUUUGCAUUCUGCACUGAAGACGGCGAAGAGGGUUAGCCCUACAAAGGGAAUAGCUAAUAUUGCAAAGAGGGAGAGAAAUAGGGGUGCUAAGCAACUUGAUACACUGAUGAAAGAAUUGGCAGUUCGCUUGCGAACAUACCUGGAAGGGUUUCCAAAGAAAGAAUAUCUUCACCCUUAUGAAUGUUCUCUCAUUGAGUUGACACUUGGAGAUGGAAAGUAUGAAGAGGUCUUGAGAAAGGUUGAUACUUUAAGGAAGAAAGUUGUAUCGUUAGGGAAGGAGCAUGCUUCUCUGUGUGCAAAGUCCUUAACAAAGCGGGAUGCUGAGGAAAGUCUUAGUGAGGGUAUGAAGAAAGUGGAAGAAGCCUAUAUUCAUCAAGCAAAAGCUGUUGAUGAUCUGCUGCAUAUUGCAAAGACUUUACGGGCAAUGCCAGUUGUGGACUUGGAUAAACCAACCCUUUGUCUUGUGGGAGCCCCUAAUGUUGGGAAGUCGUCCUUGGUUCGGAUCCUCUCUACUGGAAAGCCUGAGAUCUGUAACUACCCAUUCACUACACGAGGAAUACUGAUGGGCCAUAUAGUCCUAAACUACCAGCAUUUUCAGGUAACGGAUACUCCUGGACUUCUGAGAAGAUCUGAUGAUGACAGAAACAAUUUGGAGAAGUUAACACUUGCCGUGCUAUCACAUCUUCCAACGGCAGUGCUAUUUGUGCAUGAUCUGUCUGGCGAAUGUGGCACUUCACCUUCCGAUCAGUUUGCCAUCUACAAAGAAAUGAAGGAAAGAUAUGGCAACCAUCUAUGGCUCAAUGUUGUCUCUAAAUGUGAUCUUCUGAAAGAGUCUCCUGUAACCUUCAGCACGGAAAACUGUGAUCAUGACGAUAUUGAACUACAUAAGUACAGGCGAUUUGGACCCGAUGGAGCCUUGCUGGUAUCGGUUAAGGAUGAUAUAGGACUCAGCGAGUUGAAAGAACGAGUACAUGAAAUGCUGGUUUCCCAGAUGACUCGAAUCAAAGAACAAAAGACGGCGACCGAAGAAACAUGACAUCAAUGGAAACUUUCUGACCUCAUAGCAUUCGAAAAGGUGCACUCUGAUGGCAAAUCGGUUAGGACUUACUACUACAACAACGUUACUCAAUGAAUGUUUGGAAGAUCCCAAACACGGCCAUUACCCGCUUCUUUGCAGUAUUCUCUAUCGAAGAACUAACAUGAAACGAACAGCAAUCCCGUAAUUUAUAGUUGUCAUAGCAAUAUCGAUUUCUUCUUUUUACCCAGCCAUAUGCUGCGGGAGGGAUUUUCCUUUAGAGUUGUCAAUAUCAUUUCUUAUUAUUGAACAUAACCUCGUUAAUUCUGUUGAUACCAAUAUCAGAUAUCGGUUGGAUAGGCUGAUCUUGUUUCGAACAA